CACAGCAGCCGGCGAUACGAACAGAGAUAUAGUAGACACUAAGUGAUCCCGGUCGUCGUGCCUACCUUGCCCGUCGACUCGCUACACCACAACCGAGUACAGCUGUUGCAUAUCGCCAACCGGGACACCAUACAUAUUAUGUCGGACCACGCGACAAUGCAACGCGCGCUCCUCGUACUCCUCUGGUUAAGUUGUUGCAGCUACGCGUUACCGCGAGUGAUUAUACGAAAUCAUAAAAGGAAUCCGGCAAACGUUCACGUGCGGUAUAACACCUCUGACUUUAAUGGCUUGAAGCCGAUAGAUGAGACGUCGUACAUCGAUUUCAAUUCAGGGCCGUCGAUCACCUCGAAGAGGCCGAACGUCUGCGACAAUUGCGUGUGUGGCGUGGGCCGGAAAACAAGGAUCGUCGGCGGGAACGUGACGAGCGUUUACGAGUACCCAUGGAUCGUUAGCAUGAGUAAACAAGGCACAUUUUACUGCGCGGGCAGUUUAAUCACGCGCCGACACGUACUCACAGCGGCGCACUGCUUGGGAGGAUUCGACAAGAGAAGCAUCAAGUUGAUCCUGGCGGAUAACAACCGGACGAAACUCGACAAGAAUUCGAUAGUCCGACGCAUCAAAUCGGUCGUUAUUCAUGAAAAUUUUCACGCCUCCACGUACAACAACGAUAUCGCCAUAAUCGAGAUGGAUCGGCCAGUAGAUGUGAACGGUGUCGUGCGAACUGCUUGUUUGCCUGAAGACAAUAAAAUUUUGAGCACAGGUGACAGUGGUGGUCCACUGCACGUGAAAGGAACGUUCGGACACUUAGAAGUAAUAGGUAUUAUUUCAUGGGGCCGCGGUUGCGCAAGGCCAAACUUCCCAGGCAUCUACACGAAAUUAACGAAUUACCUUGGAUGGUUAAAAGAUCACUUAGACGAUGAAUGUGUAUGUCCGCCACCUCGUCGAGAAUAAUUUCCUCCUAAUAAUUGCUACUUAAGUCUAUAUCGUUUAGUGAACACACAUUUCUUUUACACAGUUACUUAGAAUUUAACUUUAAUUAAAUUAAGACUUCGACAGUAUGAUCAGUAUUAAGAUACGAUGCACGGUCAACUGAUUUCCGCAAAAUAUUUGCACUUUUUACAAAAGACAGUUAAUAGUCUUGGUCCAUGUACAAGCCAUCGUAGCGUAUUAUUAAGUUACUGCGAUUGUUCAUACGAUCGCAAGUAGUUGAGGUGAUCUAGUCCAGCGUAUACUAUAAUUUAUACAAGUUCCGAUUUUCUGUGAUGUGUUUCCUGU